UAUUUUACAGUUUAUUAUACAUCAAGUACCGCAAGUAUGUACAUUAGUUCUCGAGCUCGUUUUUUACGUUACGUUCACGUUGCCACCACCAGGCAGCACCAUAUACACGAGGAAGCCAUUCAUGACCGCCUGUGUAUAUACCAUUAAUAUUCUUAACUUUUAGUAACUUAUUCUCUGUCAAAUUUCUGAAUUCCUGAAUUUUUUGCCUGUCCAUUUGUGCUCCUUUCCGCGGUAGGUGGACCACUUAACAGGAUCUAAGUUUUGAGGGGAGUUUCAGGUUGCGCAGCGAUACCUGCCACCUCUCUUCCCUCUUAGAUCCGUGACGUAAAGACUAUCCAUGCCACCUGGUGGCAUACCAGUGCACGUGUAACAUUCCGUAACCGAUCAUAACCGCACCUGUCAUCCAGUCUGGGUUGGGCGGUGUUGAACGUAACUAUAGAGACGAAGGGAAAGUGCGCGGAGUGCGCGAAACGCGCAAACGGAUAUCGAAAUGCGAGAGACUCCAAAUUGACGCUUUCCGCGUAUCUCGAAGCGAUAAUGUUCUGGUAAAUCGAGGAUAAACCGUCGAACGCGUGGGCGGCGUAAGCCCCGUCAAAGCGGGAUGCUUUUUCCGGUACGAUUCGCGUUUUUCCCGACUCUCUGUAUAUUGAGUAAGUACUCCUGUUCACAAAUAACCUCUAUCUUCGGCUUUACGUAGCGUAUUUCCAAGAGAUUUCAUAGAAUUUCUGAAAAGUACCACGGGAUGAGGCGCGCCGAGAUUUGACCAACAUAACCUCGUGACCCUCCGCGAUCGAUAAUCCAUCGCCGUCCGAACAGACGCGCUUUUUAAACGUGACAUUUCGUAGAAACGAGUACUGUACAGGAAAUGUUAAUAAAUUUAAUCAUUGGCGUAAUUAGUGAUUAAUGUAUUCAUUUACUAAGAUUGGUGUUAUUUUGGGAGGUUGUAUUUAUUGUUUGAACGAGUCGUACUCACAUCUUGAUGUCCGAUUGAAUCAUUACUUAGCUUUUUCAGCAUUUUUUCCUAACACCGCUGCUUCUCGCGUCCUCGAGCUUAAUGACAGGUUCCUUGACAUUCGUAAAGAAGGGCAAUGGCUAGUUAUGAUGUAUGCACCGUGGUGUGCUCAUUGCAAGAGGUUAGAGCCAAUCUGGGGACACGUAGCGCAACGGCUAUACGCGACAUCUGUUCGCGUUGGGCGAGUUGACUGCACAAGGUUCACAAAUGUAGCGCGAACAUUAGAAGUCAAAGGGUUUCCAACGAUUUUGUUUCUGAAAGGAGAUCAGGAAUUUGUUUACAAUGGCGACAGGACAAGAGACGAAAUAGUCAAAUUUGCUUUAAGAUUGACCGGACCACCGGUGCAAGAGAUAACAAAAACACAAAGCUUUGAAAUUUUAAAAAGAGAUCGUGAUUUGUACUUUUUGUAUGUAGGAGAAACAUCCGGACCAUUAUGGGAGUUGUAUCACAAGACUGCCGAACUGUUCCAACCACAUGCAUUUUUCUAUCGAUCGCAUGUGAAGGUGACGGAUAAACACGUACCUGUAGAAAAUACUCCGACGCUAUUUGUAUACAAGGAAAAUCUACACUAUAAUUUCACAGGCCACGAUAUAACCGAUAUAGAAACACUGAAUAUAACCCUGUACAAAUGGGUGAAUGCGGAACGUUUUCCAACAUUCCCAAAGGUGACUCGCGGAAAUAUAAACCAGCUUUUCUUAACAAAUAAAAAUCUAGUCUUGGCUGUGGUGGAAGAAAAUCAAUUGGAAGAAAUCUCACCUGAUAUGACAGAAUUUAAAGAUAUGGUAGAAUCCGUUAUUAAAAAGAAACGAGAAAAGUAUCACGAUCAUUUCCAGUUUGGCUGGAUAGCCAGCCCUGAUCUAGUCAAUAGUAUAGCGACGACGGUCGUGCCUUUACCGAGCUUGAUCGUCAUCAAUACAUCCACUAGUCAUCAUCAUAUUCCCGAGGACGAACCAGGAAAACUCACUCCCCACGUAAUAGAAAUGUUCCUAGAGCAAAUCCGUAAUGAAAGCGCCCCGAAAUAUGGCGGAAAUGGUUGGUUAGUUCGUAUCUACAGGUCUUGGUUCGAAACAAAGACAACAUUAUUUUUAAUGUGGAAGGGAAAUCCUAUAUUAACGAUGGUCCUUUUUGGCCUACCGGCUGGGUUUUUAUCCUUAAUAUGUUAUGGAAUUUGCUGCCCUGAUAUUUUAGAUGCAGACGAUGACGAAGAAGAAUAUACUAAUGGAAAUCACAUGAAGAAAGACUAAGUGGAAAAUAUGUGUAACGGGGACACACCAUACCGGUUGGAUUUGCAACCUUCGUGUUAUGUAUGAAUAUCUAAUUUUGCGAGAUUGAUAUAACGUUGUGAAAACAUUAUGCCAGACGAAUCAAUUUUAAAGGACUUAACUAAUGCCGACAUCUGUUCAAGAAAUGUGGUAAAAACUGUUUUUCAUAUUUUAAAAACAUAGAUGAAUGAACUUCAUCAUAGAUAAAUGGAAUUUA